UUUUCUUAUUUGGACAUAUGUAAUGAAAUUGAGAGUGAAUACAGUCAUCUUAAUUCAUGGAUCUGAAAAUUUAACUGAAAGAAUAAGAAUGUUUAAUUUAUAUCAAAAUAUUUGUUUUCGGUUGAGAAAAAAUAGAAAGGAGUAUGUAAAAUUACAUACCCAAAAUUUAAAAUUAUGUAACUGCCAAUGACCUUUGACAAUUAAAACAAAGCACUUGAUUUACAAAAUUUGAAGAGUACGAAGUAUUUGAAUAGGAUUGAACACAUAUCAAGUAAAAUUCAAUUAAAAACAUUUUUAAAAAAUAAUAUAAAUCGGAAUUUUACGAUUGUAAUCAAAUAAAAUAUUUCUUUAGAAGUAGAAAUAAUAACGUCUCAUUUCCCCAUGUGCACAUUUUAACACAACCACAAAUAGAUCGGCCGCUCCUGCGGCCAAAAAUAAAAAUUACUAAAAUAGAUGUUCCUUAGAUGAGAAUAGGCUUUACAUUGAAAAAAGGUGUCGAAAUGUUGUUUAAAAAUUUAAAAGCCUCGGCAACAACAUUUCUUGACCUCGGAGGUUAUUCUCCAACAUUCACGAAAACUUGUACUUAAUUUCUUAAAUGAAGGGCGUAACUACCCACGUAAAGGUAGAUAUAUACAAAUACACUUUGUUGUAGUUAACGAAUGAAACUUUUUAGAAGAAGAAGGUAGUAAAGUAAUUGUAUUUAUACCAAAGCGUAUGUACUUUCGUUUUUAGGUCACCUGAGUAAACUCAGGUGACCUACUGCUAUCCGUUUUCGUCCGUCGUCGUCCGUCGUGCGACGUGCGUCGUGCGUCGUCCGUUGUGCGUUAACAAUUUUACAUUAUUAACUUCUUCCUAAAAACUACAAGGUUAAUUGUUACCAAUUUUGGUGUGAGGCAUCUCUAUGGUAAGAGAAAUCUAGAUUGUGAAAUUCGUGGUCUACCACCCCUGGGGCACCACAAGUGGGGACAAAUCUGCAAAAAGAAGCCAAAUUUUCAAAAAUCUUCUUCUCUGCUCCCACGCAUGUGAGCAACAAACUGGUUGCAUGGUUAUAAUGUCCAUAAAGCCCUCUACCAAUAUUGUGAAAUUCUACGCCCCUGGGUCAUGGGUUCUGGCUCUAGGGUGGAGCCAAUAUGGCCAUAUAGUAAAAAUGUAUUAAAUCUUAGGAAAUUUUCUUCUAUACUCCUAUAAAUAUUUGUUAAAAUCUAAACACGUGAUUAUGAUGUCCAUGAAGCCCUCUACCAAAAUUGUGAAAUUCAUGACCCCUGUGUCGGGGGUUCAGGCUCUAGGGUGGGGCCAAUAUGGCCAUAUAGUAAAAAUGUAUCAAGUCUUAAAAAAUCUUCCUCUUUACUCCCACACAUGUGGGCAAAAAAACUGAAUACAUGGUUAUGAUGUCCACCAACUCCUCUACCCAAAUUGUGAAAUUCAUGGCCCCUGGGUCAGGAGUUCAGGAAAUGGGGGGAUGCAAUAUGGCAAUAAAGUGUUAAUGCAUAUAAUGUUUUAAAAUCUACUUCUUUAUUCUCACACAUCUGUAUGAAAAAAAACUGACUUCAUAAUUAUGUUUACCAGGAAGUCCUCUACUAAAAUUUGAAAUUUUAUGUCCCCUGGAGUAUGACAUUAUGGAAGGGCCAAAAUGGAUGUAUAGGUUUAACGCAUAUAAUGUUUAAAAAUAAUCUUCUUUACUCCCACAUACAUGAAAGGAAAACUAAAUUUAUGAUUUUGUAGACCAAAUCUUUUAAGUUUUUCACCAAGAUUAUAGGUUUCAUAGUUCUUUUUGAAAGAUUUCAGGCAGGCAGGUGGUCGUCAUUACAAAUUUAUAAUUUUUCUACUCCAAAAUGAAGCCCAAUUAAAUGAAUAUAUGAGACUCUUCGACAAGUUUUUGUAUGGGUUAUAUUCUACUCAGGUGACGGCAAGGCCUAUUGGCCUCUUGUUUCUGUUUAUCGUCUGCAAUAGUAAAUAAUUCAUUGCUUGCUUAAAAUGAACAAGAAAAAGCCAUGAAAGCCGAACUGGACGAACUCGGAGAUGAAAGUACUGUAGCUGAUUUGUACUGUCUUAUCAUCCCAUAAAGUAAUCUGAGGGAAGCUAACUUCGAUUGUUACUACAGACGUGAAUAAGCGAGCAUUGGAAAACAUAACAGAGAAGUCGUUUUUCAUAUAUCUAUAUACACAUUUAAAAUGAAAUUAAUACAUAUUGCUGUUUUGAUUAAUUUCUCUGUUAAUCCCAGUCUAUAUAUUAACAAAAACUGUGUUAUAAUUAUAAGUAAGCUAGGUGAACGAUGGAGGAAAAAAUAAAGUCUGUUCAUGGUUAUGGUGGAGGGUACUACAAUCAACAGGGUCCAAAUUUCAACAGUGUUCAUAUUUUGUUUACAUCUCAAUCGUUCUCGCAGGAACAAAACAAUUUUGUAUGCAUAUAAUACUAUGAUAGACUAUCAAUCAACUUGCCCAGUGUUUAUGAAAAUAUAUGCACUUUAAACAAGUAUGGAAUUAAUUUAUGGAUUUUUCCUAACAAAAACCAGCAAAUUUUGUUAAUCCACCAUUACCCUGCAUUUAAAUCAUCAUAAUAGAAAAAUAAACACUAUGACGAACCCCAUGAUGUAUCGUCUGCAAGGACUGCAGAUUCAUUAAUGAAAAACAAGUACUGUUGUGAAGAUAAAUUUAACUUACAGGACAAUUGAGUGCAAUCGUCGAAUUUAGAACCCAGUAAUGGCUGACCCGUAAUUUUGUUGAUGAAUUUAUACUUUGUAUAUUGGAAAAAGGAAAUGUAAUAAGAUUAAUCAGCUUAUGUAAAUAUUGCAAGCUAUGAUUGAUAUACAUGAUAAAUGUCUUGGAUUUCAAAAUCAUUGCUCAUUUUAUCUGUAAAGAAGACCUAUAGAUUGAGACUGUCAAAAUAAUUGGGCACACAAUGAUAUAUAUUACACGUUGAGUUUGAAUUUCUAAAAUACGGGGAAAAUAAUCUUUAAAUUAAUAUUAGAGAAAUGUUGUAUAGGUAUAUGUUUUAUGUAAUUAAUAUUAGAGUAAUAAAUCACAUGGGGUGGAGCACAAAUGGCUCACUAAAUGAUUAUAGGCGUUAGACCAGUAAUCGAAAGGUUGUGUGUUGUACACUUCGAUAAGGCACUUAAUUUACAUUGUCUUAGUCCAUCCAGUUGGAAUUGGGUAGCUACUUAUGCUGGGAGUUAACUACGAUGGACUGGUGUCCCAUCCAGGGGGAUUCAAUGACUGCCAUCCGCUUAGUACCAUGGAAAGUGGGGACAGGCAUGCACCGGCCUUAUUUAUUCACCUUAAUGCACUGAGAACAUUAAUUAAACAUUUCACUAAUUCAGUAAGGGCCUUUAUGUUCAAUUUUUUAUAAUUUUAUCACAGAUUUAAUACAUAUGAGAAUAAGACUCACUCAUACUUAACUUAAGCCAUAUUCUCAUUUUUAUUUAUACUAUUAAAUUACAUGUAUACUUAUUUAUAUUUUAUUUUAUUUCAAGAGUAAAUGCUGUCUCAUUUUGCUCGCUGACAGUUGAAGAGGCUAAGAACCGGCUACAGGACGUGCGAAAAAAAUGAAAGAGGCAUACAGAAAGAAAGAGGCAGGUAUGACUGGUGGUGGCCCCUAUACAGAGGUCACUUUUAAACCCUGGGAAUUGACUGUAAGUGAUGUACAUUUACUUCACACAAAUAAUGAUAAUGCUCUUAAUUAAAAUAGAUGUGUAAAUUAAGAAGUAAUAAAAAACAUUAUAAGUGACAAUAAAAUGAAGUGAAGAAAUAUGAGCAAUUUUAAUUGUAAAUUAAACCAAUUUAUCAAACUUACUUGCAUUUAUUCAUGUUUUAGAUUCUGAGCACUAUAUCUCCAGUAUCAAUAUAUGGAAUAGGAGUUGGAGCUGACACUGCAUGGAAAAGAAGUGUGCACUGCUGAAAAACUCAGUGGUCUGUCUGGAGACUCUUUUAUACCACCUGGGUUAAUAGUUACAGUUUUGAUUUUGAAACCGAAAACUGUGCAAGUGGAUGUUGAUGCUGAUGAUUCUCAAUAGGAAUGCUCAACAUCCAGUGAAGUUGGAGACUUGAUCAAUCUGUAGUGAGUUCCAAGAAGACAGCGCCCCUGACCUGUGUCAGGCAGUCAACAAGCACUUGACUACCGUGAAACCACUGAAGAACGCCGAUGAUCCAAACUGAACCAGUUCAAUGGACCACCAUUCCAGUUCUGGUCAAGAUCUAUAAACUGCUCAUCAACGAGCUGUCCAACCAGAUAGAGGCAAACAUGUUUAAGGCAGGCAAGGAAGAUGAGGAUGAAGAGGAAGACGACUGGGAAGAUGAAGAUGCUGAUGGGAAGGAAGAAAUCCAGCUGAGGGGGCAGACUCUGUCCGAUCUUAUUGACAGUAUGGCCACCGAGUUCAAUGGGUAUAAUGUUGAGGAGGAGGAGGAAGAGGACCCCGAUUUCUUCAAAGACCCGACCUACCAGAUAGAUUUACAGAAAAACUAUAAUGGAUCAUUAGAAUAGUGCCCAGGAUGUGCCCCGAUGUGACCUUUGUGAGACCGCCAUAGUACACAGCUACUGUGACUUUUGUCAUGCCAACCUGUGCACGUCAUGCAUAGGCAAACACAUCUCAGAUGGAUAUGAUAACCAUAAAAUAGUCCCUUUUCAGGAACGAAGAUCAACCCUCAUUUAUCCGAAAUGUGAAAAACAUCAACAGAAAAAUGGUAAAUUUCAGUGCGCAGAUUGCGAUGAAAUAUUUAUUUGUUCUUCUUGUACUGCAUCUAAGCAGCACAAAGGGCAUACAUUCCUGGAAGUUUCAGAAGUUUACAAAAUAAAGAAAGAAAUUAUGGGAAAAGAUACAAAAGAAUUAGAAAUCCUUAUAUUCCCUACAUAUGAAGAAAUUGCACGUGACUUGGAAAAUCAGCUUGCAAACCUAGAUGGAGGAUAUGAGAAACUAACAACAACAAUGUCCAAACAAGGAGAGCAAUCAUCAACAAAAUGAAAACUGAACUCAGCGAGAUUAAAGUAAAACAUAGAGAUAUUUUACAAAAGCAUUUAGAUGAAAUUAAACAGAAACAGUCUCUCAUGAAACAAACACUACAGGCCUUAAAGGAAAUGAAAUAUUCCAACGAAGUAUCUCCAACAAUUGAAUACAGCUCUAAAAUCAGAGAGUUUAGCAAGCUUCCACCCAAGGUUCAGGUACCACUGCCAACAUUCAUUCCAAAACCAAUAGAUCGUGAGAAGCUGUAUAAUUUGUUUGAACAGGUCACUCAAUUAUCUACCGCUACUGAAGAGGAUGUAUUGUCACAAGACCAACAAAGUUCCUCUGGAAAAGAACUACUGGAUGAACCAGAGCUAAUUUCCACCAUACAGACUGGGUAUAAAACACUACGCAUUGUUUGCUGUCACAAAGAAGAUAGAAUAUGGACAUGUGGAGAUACCAAUGAAAUCAAAUGCUUCAGCGUUGAUGGAUCACUCUCCCAGAGAAUCCAGACAAUAUCAGGAAAAUGGCCCAAUGAUAUAUUUGUAGACAGUGAAGGGGAUCUUUUGUACUCAAAUCGGAUAGCCGGGACAGUAAUUACAGUAAGGAAUGGAAAGACAGAAGAGUUGAUCAGAUUGCAUGGAUGGGGGCCGUGUAAGGUGUUUGUUACUUUUUCUGAAUAUUUGCUAGUUACCAUGUGCAGUGAUAAUUUAACUCAAUCCAAAGUUGUCCGUUACUCGGGAUCCACUGAGAAACAAACAAUUCAGUUUGAUGAUGAAGGUAAACCUUUGUACUCAGGGAAUACCAAGAUCAAAAACAUAACUGAGAACAGAAACCAUGACAUCUGUGUAGCUGACUAUGGGGCUGGUGCUGUAGUGGUGGUUAAUCAAGGCGGGAGACUCAGAUGGAGAUACACCGGUCAUCCCUCAGUUACAAAGAAGGAAGCAUUUAAACCUUGUGGUAUCUCAACAGACAGUCAGAGUCGCUUACUAACAGCAGACACUGAGAACCAUUGUAUCCACAUUCUGGAUCAUAAUGGACAGUUUCUCCGUUACAUUGAUAACUGUGGUCUGGAGUAUCCUUAUGGUUUAUGUGUGGGCAAUAAUGACAAUCUGUUUGUGUGCGAGUAUUAUAAAGGCAAUGUAAAGAAAAUCAAAUAUCUAAACUAGACAUUCAAGCUGUGACAAAUUAUUGUCUUAUAAAACACUUUUUCGGUAUGUAUUAACAUACUGAACAAGUGUUUAUAAGACCUUUAUUGUAAGAACAAGGUUAUAUAUUAUGAUGACACAUGAUUGAUUUACGAUAUGCUCUUUGAUUUAGACAAGGAAAGGAUAAGGACGAUAAUUACAGGAAAAUAUGCAAGAAAGUUAGCACGUUUAGGAACCAUCGACUCGAAACAAUUGAGUUAACUCAAUCGGAAUGGUGCUACAUUCUCGAACGAAAUUCAAUCACUUUAACAUUUGCAAUUGAUUAUACCUUCUUGAACUGGUAUAUAUGAAGUCUCAUCUGCAACAUGUUAUACUUAAAAAGUUUGUAUUAUAAGCAGUAUUUGCACAAUCAGAAUUUGUAUGGCAGAAUAAUAAUGUUGGAUGAUACCAAAGAUAUAUUAAUAGUUUAACAACAUAUUUCAUAAGAAUGAAUUUUAAAUAUACAUUAAUAAUUGUUACUCCUCCAAAAAUAAGACUAGAUUAAUUAAUCAACACAACAUCUGUCACUAUGCUCAGAGAAUGCGGAAACGAGUGUAACGUUAAUUACUAGUAUAAACCAUAGUUUAUUUUGAAUAUUGCGUCUGAAAAUGGCAUUAAAUAUUUCAUUUCCAAAAACUAAUGUGAAAUAAAUCUAAGAGGGUGGAAUUUAAAUAAUUAUUUUACUUUCUUAUUUAUUGAAUGUUAACAUAAAAAGAAAAUUAUCAGUGGUUUUUGGGGAUUGAAUCGGGUGCCUUUGGUGUGUAAGCAUGGGACUCAUACCACUAGGCUAAGUCAGAUUUAUCUUUAUAGUAACAUAUUAUCUUUAUUAUAGAAAAUACAUUUCGGUUUUAGGUUUAUUAUUGUGUGAUGUUAGAAAGAAUACCAUUCUGGAUAAUUCUUGCCUAGCUCACUGUCAUUAUCCAAGAGAAGGACAAGGGAGAUGAUGUAACUUCGGUGUAAAGAAAUUAAUUUUAACAUUCACGGUGUGUCCUUGCUUAUGUAUGUGUAUUUGUUAAUUUCUUUGCUUAUUGCUAUGAUAGGGUAUGCGUAUAAACAAAUUGUAUUAUCUAUUUGAUAUUGAGAUAUAGUUUUUGAAUGAGAAAAGAUAAACCUGUACUUACAUAUAUUAGACAAAAAAAAAACCCGGUAAUACUAUAGAUCAAUGAGUAAUAGUAUUGGGAUUAUAUGUAUAAUUAUGAUAUACAAUUGCAAUAAACAGAUUUUUAUUUCAA